AUGAAGAACUUAAAAUUAGAUGUCAGUGACUUGCUAGGUGACUAGUACAGAAGAAAAUUCUUAAAUGAACUAAUAGCUGAUUUGUUUUAAUAAUACUUAGAUAGCCUUUUGAUCAAGAAAGACAGUUCAAAAGAAAUAGCAGCAAAAUAAAUUUAAAAAUGCUAUAUUUAAUUUCUUGCGAUCGAACAACUUUACCCACCCAAAACUUUAAGUUUACUUUACUCAAUUAUACAAGAACUAAACUAGAAAAAUAAAUCAUAUGAGUUAUUUUUUUUUAAUAUAUUACUAUGGCGAGUCUCAAAUAAAUUAAAUACAACUCUAUUCAGAAAGAGUACAAACAAAUCUAAUUACCUUUCUCAUUAAAAGCCACUCCCAAUUUUGCUUCCUAUCGAAUUCGAUGAAUUUUUUUAAGAAUUCAAGAUUAAGCUCUCUAAUCAUCUUUUAAGACAAAAGGAAUAUGUUGAUUAUCUUUGUUCUGGUUAUCUACAUUUAAAAGAGCUUGAAGAAAAGUCUAAAAAAAAUUUGUCCUACAUUGAAGAUCUUUCUACUUUGUAAAAAAAAUUAAUUUAUAAAAAUCCAGCAAGUGAAGAACUUCAAUUUUAUUCAAGUAUAUUUAACACUUAAAUUAACUUCUUCGGCUUAGAAGCAAUGAACUUACAAAAAACGUGUCUUGCAAAAAGGAGAGAAGCAAUUAUCCAAAACAGCCAAAACAUAGAUGUAUUCUAAUAAAAUAGUUGUUCAAUAUAUGUUUCUCUUGCUGAAAAAGAAAACUAAAUUAUUAAAGUAUCCUAAAAUUUUUCAAAAAUAUUUGAGAUGCAAGUCAAAUCCGUCAUAGCAAAACCUUUGAAUGCUUUGAUACCUAAGUAGAUGAGUAAAAUUCACAGCGAAUACAUCAAUUAAUUUACUCAAAAAAACUGCAUAUCAUCUUUCACACUAACAAAGCAAAGAGUUGUUUAUGGCAUCAAUGGAAAUGGGUUUAUAAUUCCAUUAAACAUAAGAAUUAAAAUUUAAAAUUAACUAAGCGAAAUCGGUUUAUGCGCUCUAGUUACAAGGGAUAAUACCUCUAAUUUCUAUAGCAUCUUCACCAACUCUUCAGGAAAAAUUAUUCAGCUAUCUCAACAAAUUUAUGAAAGAAUAUUCAAAGGAAUCUACUCACUAAGCGAACUUUAAGAGAGAAAUAUUUAAAGCAUUAUGGAAACUGAUUUAGAAAACGAAGAUGAAAAAGAAUCUUACUUUAAUUUUCAUGGAGUUUUAAAAAUAUCAAAGAGCAAAAGAAAUAGAAAAGAUAGUGCCAGUACAAACAAACUAAAUUAGGAUUUAAUUCUUUUUACUAAAUACAAAUGCUCUUAGAUAUCAAUUGAUAAGAAUGAUUCACAGUAAUACAUUUUAAAUUAUGAAUUUGAGAAUUUUUGGGAAAAGAUUGAAAAUAAUUCUUAAGGAGUUAUUACAAAACGUAAUUCUUUUCAUAGUAGUCCUCUGGAUAGUCGUGAUCCAAAAAGAAAAAUAUCAUAAUAGCUUUCAGAACCAAAUUCUAUUUAAAUACUCCCUACUUUGAGCCCAACAGUGUCUAUCCCUUUUUUUAAUAGCAAUUAAAAGGUUAUUCAAAAAAGGAAAACAGCAAAAUAAAUGUUGGAGGAUCUUAGGAUGAAUUCAUCUGUUCCUUAAAGCUCAAGAAUGGGUUUAUUACCUUUUUAUAAUUCUAAGGACAAUACUUCUUGCGUUUUUGAAGAGGAAGAUGAAGGACAAGAAAAACUCACUUCAAGAUAAUUCUCUUAAGAAGACAUAGAGAGAAUAAGCAUGGAAAAGCAAGACUCUUUACCACUUUCUCAGUUGUAAAAAAUAUAUCAACAAUAAUCUCAACCUUAUAUAAAUGCAACAACCCAACCAGAUACUUUAGGAUGUAUUUCUCCUUAUGCCUCUAAAAAUGACUUAUCCAUCAAAACAGAUAAUGAAUUUUAUUCUAACAAAAUUAUAAAAAACAGAGAAAUUUCAGCUUUAAUUGCUUGCCCAACUCCAACACUUUAAACUCACUAAUAAAUUUUUCAAGAGAGUAAACAAGCUUCUAUUUAAGAAAGCAGAUAAUAUUCUAUUUAAGAUAGUAGAAAGUACUCUAUUGUUUAUUAAAACGAAUACUGUAAUAAUUAAAUAUUUGAUAAGAAAGCCAAUUCCAAAAACUCUUCUAUUCAUGGAAAUAAGGAAGAUGUUGUGAUCGAGAGCUUGAGCUCAAAGAAAACAGAAAAGAUUCAAAAUAAGAAGAGACUUUUAGCUAAAACAAUUACAAAAACGAAAUUAAGUGCAUUACCAAAAUUGAUAGGAUAUUUUGGCAUUUUAUCUAUUUUGAUUCUUAUUUCUAGUACAAUUUACUUCUACUUUCAUGAUAGCCAAAAUGUAUUAUCAAGUGAGAGCAUAUUUAAUAAAAUAGGUAAAUCUUAUCAGAUAGCACUCGAUAUGUUUAAUUUUGCAACUGAAUAAACAUACUCUAAAUUGAUUAAGGCAAAUCAAGAUGUCCUUUAGAUAAACAAAAGCAUACUCAAUCAAUAAAUUCAAAUUUCUUCUCAAUUAAGUAAAAAAUAUAUAGAUGGAUUCAUAAGUAAUGUGGAUCAAAUUAUGAAAUCUAAGGGAGAGGAUUACUUUGAGUACAUGGUUAACACCAAAAUAAAAGUAUUGAGUGCGAUUGUAGAUCCAAUUACAGAUGAAGAAGAAGAUUUUUACAGAUAUGAUUCAGUCCUUUACAAUUUAGUUAACUAUAUAGCUAGUCUUCGCUAAAUAACUUUGUAUCCAAAUAAAGAAGUCUAAUUCUAGAUGAGUGUUGUGUAUGGAAAUAUUGUUGUCUUUGAAGAAUCUCAAGUUUAAAUUCAAUAAUACAUACUAUCUCAAAGCGAGUCAUACUUUAGCUCCAUUUAACAUGAUUAAAAUCUAUAGAUUUUCAUCACUUCAAUUGGGUCUUUAAUUAUUUUCUUACUUGCCUUUCCAUUCAGCUUAUACUUAUAAAAGAAAAAAGCAAACUUACUCUAACUGCUUGGAUCUUAUUCGCCAAAAAAACUUGAGGAAUAUAUGAAUUAAAUUUAGAUUUCUUUAGAAAAAAUUAGGCAAUACGAAUAUGAGAACUACAUUCAGUGUAAUCCACACUUGUUAAAUUAAGCAGACAAUAAUAAUAACAAGGGAGUAGACAAUUUCAAUAAAAUAAGCCUCAUGCUUAAAAUGUAAAAUAACAACAAGAUGGAAUCUACUUUAGGGAUGGACAGAUAAUUCUAAAGUAAAGAAAAAAAGAGAAGAACAAGACAAAUGGCAAGUUUUAAUAACUUUUAACUAUCAAUUGGGUAUCAUAUAAUAUGUGGAAUAUUUAUUCUAGGAUUAUUGAUUAUCUAACCAAUUAUUAGCUAUACAAUAAUAGAGAAAUUUAUAUAAGACGGCAAAUAUAUCUUGUUGUAAUAAUAAAUGAUUAGCAAAAACUUUUAAUUUUUUACAAAAUAAGUAAUGCUCAAUAUUAAAAUUGAAGAUAUGAUAACAAGAACUAAAAAGAAAGAUAUUUUUUAUUUAACUUAUGGUGAGAAAAUAUUAGACUAAUUUAGUCAAUACCAAAGCAGUGUACAAUAAUUAAUUAACUAAGAUUAAUAAUAUUAAAUUUAGCAAGACGAUUUUAGUGAUUAAAUAAGAGCUCUCUCUCACGGAAAUAUUUGUUAAGCUAUAUCUUAAAAUCCAUAGUUAAUGAAUAACACUUAUUCUCAAUAAGACUGUUCCAGUCUUUCCCAAGGAUUAUUUGAAAGAGGAUUUUACUUAUCAUUACUCUCUUAAAUUAAAUAAAUAAGAGAAUAAUGGGAUUAAUAUAACGGAACUGAAUAGCAAAUUAUAGACUACUACAGAAAUCAAUAAUCUACCAAUUAAAACAUGAUUUAAAAGCAUAAAACAUACACUUUUAUGCUGAAUGUCUUUACAUAAAUACAAUAUUAUUUAAGCUAAUCUAAAUAAUUGCUUUCACAAUAUAUAGUCUCAAUAUUAACCUAUUUAGCUAUUUUCUAAAUUAUUUUAAUCUUAGUAGUCGUCACAUUUGGUUCUUUAUACUUAUAAAGAUAAUUUAAAUAUGGAUUAAAGCAAACAUAAAAGUUGUUAACUAACAUUCCUGUCUCCAUAUCUCUUGAAAACGAUUACAUUAUGAAUUAUUUUAAAUAUAAAUGA